UUUAUUAAUGCGACCACGAUUGCUAUUGACACAAAGCAUAAAGCUGUUGCCGGUAUUACGAUUACGUGGAACAAGAACAAUGAGCUCAAGACCAAGAGUGUAUGUGACUCGACCAGAUGUUGAUGCCAGCGGUCUGGAAUUGCUGCGUAAGAGUUGCAAUGUAAGCACAUGGAAGGAAGCUCUGCCCGUGCCUCGGGAAGUACUGCUUCGUGAGGUUGCGGGUUGUGAGGCCGUUUACUGCGCUCUUACAGACAAGAUCGAUGCAGAGGUAUUGGAUGCUGCCGGCUCUCAGCUAAAGUGCGUGUCCACCAUCUCAGUGGGCUAUGAGCAUAUCGACGUAGAGGAGUGCAGGAAACGUGGCAUACGAGUGGGCUUCACUCCGGAUGUGCUGACCGAUGCCACGGCGGAGUUGACGCUCGCGCUACUGCUGGCUACCAAUCGACGUCUGUUUGAGGCGAGUAAGCAAGUCUACAACGGCGGCUGGAAGUCCUGGGCGCCCAUGUGGAUGUGUGGUCAGGGCCUGAAGGGGUCACGGGUGGGGCUCUUGGGCUUUGGACGCAUUGGUCAGGAGAUAGCAGCGCGAAUUUUUCCUUUCAAGCCAGCAGAGAUAACCUACACGACCCGCACGGCUCGGCCCCAAGAGGCGGCAGCGGUGAACGGCCGUCAUGUGGACUUUGACGAAAUGCUGCGAAACUCCGAUUUUAUCGUGGCCUGCUGUGCUUUGACCCCGGAAACCAAGGAGAUCUUUAACGCUGGGGCUUUUAAGAAAAUGAAACCCAAUUGCAUUUUUAUAAAUACUGCGCGUGGUGGGGUUGUUGACCAAAAGGCUUUGCAUGAAGCACUAGAUUCCAAACGUAUUCUAGCUGCCGGCUUGGAUGUGACCACACCAGAGCCACUGCCUCUUGAUGAUCCUCUUCUUAAAUUGGAUAAUGUGGUCAUAUUGCCUCAUAUUGGAAGCGCCGAUAUCGAAACACGCAAGGAAAUGUCGCGCAUCACUGCGAGAAAUAUCCUGGCUGCCCUGGCAGGAGGAAAAAUGGAAUCCGAAGUAACAGUCUAAUAUUUUUCUUAUUCAUUAAAGCUAAAAAUCUAAUCUGUA